AUGUCACCGCCUUUGACUGUCACUGUGCGUGGCCGGACCUUCGAGCCAACACCUGUGUUCGAUACAUUUUGGCGUUUCGCGGCAGAAAGACACGCUAUUACCGAGAAGCGUUUCAAAGGCCUCCCCGCCCCAUGGACGAAUGACCCCAUUUUAGAAGCUUAUCCUUUCUGCAACACGUACCGGGUUCUAGAUCGGGUAAGCCAAUACUUGAUCGCAGAAGUCAUCGAAAAAGGUUCUCAAGAUCCCACCGAACUUGUGUUUCGAAUUCUGCUUUUCAACACUUUUACGAGCAUCAACACGUAUGAAACUCUGCGAAAUGCGAUUACACCUUUCACUUGGUCCACCUACGAGCGAGCCAAUUACGAACGCGUCUUGCGUGGUUUGUACGAUGACAAAGUCUCGAUAUAUACUGGGUCUUUUCAAAAGCCUGCACCUAGUCUAGGCUUUGUGGAAAACUUCAUGAACCAUCUCGUUUUCAUGGAGGUCCUGAUGAAAAAGUUGCCCAUGCGGUGCGCAAAGGCCGAGUACGUCGCAGACGUCUUUGAAUGGUUGUGCACCUUUAAGAGCAUGGGAGACUUCACUGCGUACCAGCUAGUGCUGAACCUAUCCUAUUCAAAUGUUUUGAACUUCUCGGACUACGAUUUUGUGGUGGUCGGGGUGGGUUCACGUCGCGGCCUUCAACGCUGCUUCAAAGGUCAAAUUCCUCGCGCAUGCGAGGUUGACAUAAUCCGAUGGAUGCAACUCACGCAAAGCGAUCAUUUCUCGCGCCUCAAACUGAAGUUUAAUGGCUUGGGGUCCGAGUCUCGACCUAUUAUGCUGAAGAUCGGCACAACACCCCGUCGCCCCUUUCGCCCAUCUGGAGAACUUCCAGAGAUGCGUCUUCCAAAGGCAUGGACGCUUCCUGCGCGGCUAUCGCUCCGUAUUAAAUGCCCGGAGGAAGCAGAAGUCGAGUUCAUCGAGAAGUUUGUCGUGUCCUCGAUCCAAUCGCACCGAGGAGUUGAAGGCGAAAGAGAAUUUUUAGUGUACUGGGAGGGAUACAGCUCGGAUGAAGCUUCAUGGGAACCUGAAGAUAUGCUCGCCGAUGAUGCACCCAAUGCCAUCAAGGAAUAUUGGAAGCGUCCUGUUGACUCUAGCACUUUGUAA